CUUCACAAAUGAUCAAUGAAAGUCUUUUGAAAUGCAUUUUUUUUGGAAACGGUGAAUAUAUUAGGUCACCGACCUUUGACCUUUGCCAUGUGUGAUACUUAACAAAGCAGACAAUGAAGUCAGAGUAGGAACUGCUGUUUUAGCCCAAAUGUUCAACGUAGUGGUCCAUUUUACUCUCAAAAGAAUGUCAUGUCAUACCAAAUAGAGUAGUUUGGUCAUGUGGUGUUACACCUUGGCAGACAACCCUAUGACAAUGACCACCCUCAGUAUACAUGACGGGUGAUGAAAUGAGACCCAUCCCUGAAUUGGAUGCUUUGUGUUACAUGGUGGCUUGUCCAUGGCUAUCCAAAGUGCCCCACUUAAAAAAAAAAAAAAAAAAAAAGCUGCGUAAUUUUGACUGGGACAUAACGCGUCAGUCUCAAUGUCAGAUUCCCAUUGCCACCACCCUCCCACCGAAAAUGAAAAAAAAAAAAACAACAUUGGUUUGUCUCUCAGGAUUAGCCUGGUGGCGUUGUGCUGAGACUGCUCAAUGCAGCUCCAUUGAGGACAGGUUUAAAGGGCUUGAAUGCCUUCUGCUGAGGCAGGCCAUCCCACCAGCCGACCCACUCUUUGCAGCCACUGCGCCACGGCUCACUCCCCCUUUGUGUUCCCCAACAAUGCUGGCACGAGGGCAUCGUUAGGGAACCCUCAUUGUUCAGUGGCCAAUGGGAACCCACUUUAUGAGUGUGUAUGUAUGCCCAUGUAGUUGGGUGUGUAUGUGUGUGUUUUUGUGUGUUUGUCUGUGUGUAGGUGUGUGUGUGUGUGUGUGUGUGUGUGCAUGGCCAAGGGAAUGUUAACAUACGUGAGAUGAAUGUCUCAUUCUUCUAGUGGCAGUGUCCACUCCAUAACCAGGUGCGAAGGGACGUCAUUUGGAGAGCCGGCCAAUCAGAGAUUAGCAGUUUGGAUUUAUGCCAGAGAUUUUUAGGCUUGUAAGAUUUUACCAGAGGUGGCCAAAGCCAGUUUUUUAUCAGCAACAAAAAAAGUCCAUCAGGUGAGUCGUGAUGCCCUAUACUCCGUCUGGCUUUUUCUGCGACCGGUUGAUCCGGGAGAGAGAACGCAGGGACGGGGAAGGAUCCUUGAGCAAGCCUCUGCGCUUCAGCGGACAGGACUUCAACCUCCUCAAACAGGAGUGCCUCCAGAAGAAGACCCUGUUUGAGGAUGACACUUUUCCGGCCUCCGUGGAGUCCUUGGGAUACAAAGAGCUGGGUCACAAAUCCAACAAAGUCAAGAACAUCGUCUGGAAGAGACCCAAGGAAAUUUCUGAUAAUCCCGAAUUCAUUGUUGGAGGAGCCAGCAGGACAGACAUUUGUCAAGGAGACCUGGGUGACUGCUGGUUGUUGGCUGCCAUUGUUUCUCUGACACUCCAUGAGAAGCUGCUCUACAGAGUUGUCCCAAUAGAGCAAAGUUUCAGUGAUGGCUAUGGUGGAAUCUUCCAUUUCCAGUUCUGGCGGUACGGUGAUUGGGUGGAUGUUGUCAUCGAUGACCGCAUCCCCACCUUCAACAAUCAGCUGGUGUUCACUAAGUCUGCGGAAAGGAAUGAGUUUUGGAGUGCCCUUUUGGAAAAGGCCUAUGCCAAGCUGCAUGGCUCCUAUGAGGCCCUCAAAGGAGGCAACACCACAGAGGCCAUGGAGGACUUCACUGGAGGAGUGACCGAAUUCUAUGAAAUGAAGGAAGCCCCAAAGGAGCUCUUCAAGAUCAUGAAAAAGGCCUUGGAGAGGGGUUCCCUCAUGGGCUGCUCCAUCGAUUCUCUGGUUCCUGCUCGCUUUGAGACACGCACAGUGACAGGGCUUGUGAAAGGACAUGCUUACUCUGUGACAGCUGUUGAAGAGUGUAAGCAGUCCCAGCACAAGGACUCCAAAGUACGCCUGGUGCGUCUCCGCAACCCAUGGGGUCAGGUGGAGUGGAAUGGACCUUGGAGUGACAACUCUAAGGAGUGGACCAGCAUCUCUAAAACUGAGAAGGAGAAACUUCAGCAUCAGAAUGCUGAGGACGGAGAGUUCUGGAUGUCAUUUGACGAUUUUAAGAAGAAUUACACCAAGAUUGAGAUCUGUAACCUUACCCCUGAUGCACUGGAGGAUGACAAGAUACACAAGUGGACAGUGUCUGUGAACGAGGGGCGCUGGGUGCGAGGGUGUUCAGCAGGUGGCUGUAGGAACUACCCAGAUACUUUCUGGACCAAUCCCCAGUACCGUCUGCGACUCUUGGAAGAGGAUGAUGACCCAGAGGACAAUGAGGUUGCCUGCACGUUUGUCGUGUCCUUGAUGCAAAAGAACCGUAGAAAAGAGCGCAAGAUGGGUGCUAACUUGUUCACCAUAGGAUUUGCCAUCUAUGAGGUGCCAAAAGAGAUGCACGGAAAUAAGCAGCACAUGCAGAAGGAAUUCUUCCUGUUCACUUCCUCAAAGGCUCGCUGCAAGUCUUACAUCAAUCUGAGGGAGGUGACCCAGCGUUUUCGACUGAGUCCAGGAGAGUAUGUCAUCGUGCCUUCCACCUAUGAACCCCACCAGGAGGGCGAGUUCAUCCUCCGCGUCUUCUCUGAAAAAAGGAACACCUCUGAGGAGAUAGAGAACAGGAUCGAGGCUGACCAUCCGGUGCCAGCACCAGCUUCAGCAGGCGAGGAGAGUGAGGAGGAUCAGCAGUUCCGGACCAUCUUCCAGCAGAUAGCGGGGGAUGAAAUGGAGAUCUCAGCCAAUGAGCUGAAGAAUGUCCUGAACAGGGUGGUUUCCAAACAUAAGGAAAUGAACACAGAGGGCUUUAGCUUGGAGAGCUGUCGGAGCAUGAUUGCCCUCAUGGAUAUGGAUGGGACAGGCAGACUUAACCUACAGGAGUUUAGGCACCUGUGGAACAAAAUUAAACAGUGGCAGGGAAUCUUUAAGCACUAUGACGCUGAGCAGACUGGAUGCAUUAACAGCUAUGAGAUGAGGAAUGCUGUGAAUGAUGCAGGUUUCCGUCUCAACAACCAGCUGUAUGACAUCAUCACCAUGCGCUAUGCCAAUGAGAGCAUGAACAUUGACCUUGACAGCUUUGUCAGCUGUCUGGUGCGCCUGGAGGGCAUGUUCAGGGCGUUCCAGGCCUUUGACCAGGACGGGGAUGGCAUGAUCAGGCUCAGUGUUCUUGAGUGGCUCCAGCUGACCAUGUAUGCCUAGACAGGCCCCUGUGGCCUUCUGGGCAUCCAGGUGAGCCACAUCUCCUCUCUGCAAGGACCAGAAAAUUACCUGCCUUUACCUCAACACUCAAUGUGCCAGUCAAGCCCAGCAGGAAAACAUCUCUCAGCACAACACAGUAUCUGUCUCUUCUGUGUCGAGCAUCCUCUAGUUUCCCUUCUCAGCACGUACCAUCAUUCACCAUUUCCUCGACUCUCUUGGGAGUUCUCCCUCUGUAAUCAACUCUCAGGUUCCUUACAGCAGCCUCUCAUCACCCAUUCAUUUCACAUUUGUGGAUUGUUUAUUUUCUCCCCCCCCCCCAGCAUUGUUCAACUUUUUUCUCAGGCACACUAUACACACAUACAACCUCUGUUUUUUUCCAGUCACAAUACCAUACCUCACCAUCACCUCUUCUUAUAAACCCCCAAAUUAUUAUCUUAUACAAAUCUGUGGGAACUUGCUUGACACCUUUUUACCAAAGCUAGAUUCCACAACUCCUACCCACCAUAUAUUGUUAUUUUAGUUUUCUUUUGGUGUCUAAACCCAAACCCACUUGCUCUCCACAAGAUCACUCUCUGUGUGUCCUCAAGGGCCAUAGACGCAGCAGCGCUUCCACUCAGGCCAGUGUAUUCACCCAUUAUUCUUGUGGGAGUUACGUCUUCUUCGUUGGUUUUUACUACCUAGUCAAUAACAGAUUCUGCCAGUUCAUCAGACAUACCUUCAGACUGAAAGAGAAAAUAUUCAGCAGUCUUUGUGAACUCUCUCCCAUUACUGUAAGCGGAUGAAGCACAAAAGUAUUAUGGUGAAGGGGCAGCAUCCAGGCUUUGCGAUUGGGGAAAGGCAUCCAGGCUUUGGGAAAGGAAAGAAAAAUCACCAAACAUGGAGACAAACGUGGGUUUGGACUUAAGGUUUUUUUGUUGUGGUUUCCUAUUAAAAGCUUUGGGUCGAAUGAGUGUACUGGAUUUUUAACACUUUUAAUGAAUAAAUAACUGUUGUUCUUGG